AUGUCGUCCGCUAUUCACGACGAUGAGCUGUCAAUCUCCCUCCCGCCGACCGGCGUCAACAAGCCGCGGCCCUCAGUUCCAACUGUGGUGUCUCCUCCAGCACGACAAGCACUGCAGCCUUCCAACCAGUCUGAGUCUCCAGGCACGAUUAGAGCUCUCAGCCGCUUGAGCCAGUACAGCUUCGUCCGCACUAUUGGUGAGGGCUCCUUCGGCAAGGUCAAGUUAGCCAGACACAAGAUCACUGGUCAAGAGGUCGCCAUGAAGACGAUCAACCGCCGGCGACUCAUUAGCAGAGACAUGGCUGGACGGAUCGAGCGAGAGAUCUCAUACCUGCAACUCCUGCGCCACCCACACAUCAUCAAGCUCUACUCUGUCAUCAACACCAAGACCGACAUCUACAUGGUCUUGGAGUACGUGCCUAUGGAGCUGUUUGACUACAUCGUCAAGCAUGGCAGACUCGGAGAGAACAGAGCCAGAAAGCUGUUCCAGCAGAUCAUAUGUGCUGUCGAGUACUGUCAUAGACACAAGAUUGUCCAUCGAGACCUCAAGCCGGAGAAUCUGCUACUCGACAAGCACAUGAACGUCAAGAUCGCUGAUUUCGGUCUCUCCAAUAUCAUGACCGACGGCAACUUCCUGAAGACGAGUUGUGGCAGUCCGAACUACGCAGCUCCCGAGGUCAUUGGAGGCAAGCUAUAUGCUGGACCCGAAGUCGACGUGUGGAGUUGUGGCGUCAUCCUCUAUGUCUUCCUGGUUGGACGACUGCCUUUCGACGACGAGUUCAUCCCGGCGCUCUUCAAGAAGAUCCAAGCCGGAGCAUUCCAUAUCCCCUCACAGACACCUGCAGGAGCAGUCAACCUCAUCAAGCGAUGUCUGCAAGUGCACCCAGUCACUCGCAUCACCAUUCCUGAAAUCAGACAGGAGGAAUGGUUCCAGAAGGAUCUUCCCGACUAUCUGCGCGAACCCGUAGAGGACUUUCUCAACACCGGUGUCGACGCAUCCAAACCUAUAGAUCCCCGUGAACUUGCUCCCGGCAAGCCACAAGCAGAAGUCGAGAAGCUGCACGAGCAGGUCGUUUCUACACUCGGACGAAAGAUGGGCUACGCCAAGGACGACGUCAAAGAUGCUCUCGCCAAAGAAGAACCCAGUGCCAUCAAAGAUGCAUACCUCAUUGUUCGCGAGAACCAAGUGAUGAUGGAAGCCCGUAAGGAAUUCUCCCCUGAAUAUUGGAAUAAAUUGCUUACCCAAGAAGCACAAUUCACAACUGCAAACCCCGAACUGGCCUCCUUCAUGGCCUCCUCUCCUCCCGGAGCAGACAACUAUGGAAUGUCUCCAAUAGCUCAACGCAUGCAGCAAGAUCAAGUGAAGCCACUAACUCCAUCAAAGAACGUGCCGGCGAACGAGCCUCCCCCGAGAGCAUCACGUACCCUAUCCAAUACGCCCGCUCCAGUAAGAGAGGAAGACCGACCCCGAGUAUCCAAUGUCCGCGUACUAAACACAUCCCUCCCUCACGUGCACGAAGAAGUCAUGCAAAUGCGCGAUCGCGCCAGAGAGCGAGGUGAUGAUCCAGACUCGGCCCUGCAGCUGCAGUCAAACGACGAGACCACACCAUUACCAGAAGAGGUCAAAGACGCCAAAGGUCUGCCCGUCUACAGAUCCAAAGAAGAGCAGGAAGCCACUUCCAGAGCACUGAAACCACAUUCGAGAUCCGUCACCAAUAUCAGCGCAUUGCAAGGACCCCUACGACCAGAAGUAAUGACACCUGUUGCUAGCGACGACAAAAAGACCAAGAGACCGGGCCGCAAGUGGCAGUUCGGUAUCAGAUCGAGGAACCAGCCAUACGAAGCUAUGCGAUGUCUCUACGGUGCGCUCAAGGAUAUUGGAGCUGAAUGGGAGAUUGUGCCUGCAUCAGCACACGACAAUAUCACAGAAGGUGAAGAGGGCGAUGAUGUUCCAGCUCAGCCUCCUGACAUCGAGCCCGGCGAGCAGCACACCAUACUGCAGUCAAAGUUCUCAUUCCUGCCCGAGGACUACUACAUUCCACGCGAUCCUUUCAGCAUACGAGCUCGGAUAUUGAAGAAAGGUCUUCUCAUGCCAGGCGAAGAGCCAUCGAUAUCUGCCAACAGCUCUGCUGUCAGUCUGCCCGCCGAAGCCAAGAAGCAGCUUAAGAAGCACAUCGAAGAACUCAGUGGGCUCGGAUCAGAGGAUGUCGCAAGAGCUCUCGGUAACGGUAUUCCACCAAAGGUCAGAUCGACAGUCGCCAGUGAGGCGAACAGUCGACCCAAUAGCGGUAUGGACCAUCACGGCCACGAUGCAUUCACUGGUCCAGCCCCAGUCAACUCGGCCAACUCAGGAAGUGCGUCGAGCUUGUUGCGAAAACACCCUCGCGAGCAAGUCGGCAUCUGGGUCUUCAUCGACAUACAGCUGUACACACUCGACAGUCAGGUCUUCGUGGUCGACUUCAAGAGCGACGGAUACCAGAAUGUUGUCUGGCACGAUAGCACAAGAGACAAGGAUCAAGCCAAAGCCUCAAAACCUGACAGCGCAGUAACGAGUCCAGUCAGCAGCAGACCAGCAAGUGCAUUCGCGCAGAACGGUAGCCCAACAGAAGAUACAGACAGCUCGCAAGACGAAGCAGGUGGAUUCUGGCGGCCAGUCAGCAAGCGGUGGAGGAAUGUGGAAAAGGAGAUCUCGAGCCCGUAUCCGUUUCUGGACGUUGCCAGCGACCUCGUCGCUCAGUUGGCGAAUCGGCCCCAGUAG